AUGGAAGAGACACAACCGCAGGGCUCUCUGAGCUGGAGACUUAGCUCGCACCCGAUUACUCUGCUGUGUUUCCUUGGUUUCCGCAUCUCGAGUUUAUUGGUAUACCUGUUCGGGCUGCUCUUCACACAGAACUUCGUCCUGAUCUUCAUCAUCACCGUCCUCCUCCUCGCCGCCGAUUUCUACUACCUCAAGAACAUCGCCGGCCGCCGCCUCGUCGGGCUCCGCUGGUGGAACGAGGUCAAUCCACAGUCCGGGGACUCGCACUGGGUGUUUGAGUCCUCGGAUCCCAGCGUCAAAGUCAUCAACGCGACAGACAGCCGCUUUUUCUGGAUUGCGCUAUACAGCCAGCCGCUGCUGUGGGUGGGCCUGGCGUUCGUGGCUAUAUUCAGCUUCGAGUUUAUUUGGUUGACCUUGGUUGGCAUUGCGCUGAGUCUGACAGUCACGAACACGCUUGCGUUCUCCAGGUGCGAUAAGUUCGGUCAGGCGUCGAAUAUGGCGGGUAGUGCUAUGUCCUCAGGUGGUAUCGCGAGUAGUCUUGCGAGUGGCAUGAUUGGGAGAUUCUUUUCGAGGGGCUGA